UCCCAGGUUCCGAGGGCCGGACUCACGAGGGGCAGCUGCGGCCAAACUGUCAGCUGAGCCCCAUGGGCCGAUCUGAGAGCGCUCGAACGCAGCGGUCGGUUAUUCCCACCGCUGCCCAACCGAAAGGCCAGCCCCGCCCCGGCGAGCGCGGGGGCCGCUGGGAAGUGUUAUCCUUCGUCUAACGGACCGAGGCCGGUGCUGCCUUCAUUCGCCGCCGGCCCGGACCUUAGUGGCGCCCCAGCUAGGGCCGCACCGGCUGUGCCACUUGGGCAGCGUGGAAGCGUGGGAUUGGGGCCUGUGUCCGCGGGCUUGGUGGUUCUUCAGGUAUUAAGGAUUCAUUCAUUCAUCCACUCAUCAUUUAUUGAAUGCUGUGUGCAACAGGAAUUAUUAUAGAUGCUUGGGAUAUGGCAUUGAACAAAGGAGACAAGCUCUCUGCUAUCAUGGUACUUACAUUGUUGUGGGCCAGGUAAUAAAUAAGCUCUGCCUUCUCAGGCCCAGUCUGUUCUCAGAAAGAGGAAAUGACUCAGCCCCAGGUAACAGUGACAUUUAAAGAUGUGGCUAUUGACUUCACUCAGGAAGAGUGGCGGCAGUUGGAUCCUGCUCAAAGGAACCUGUACCGGAAUGUGAUGCUAGAAAAUUACAACAAUUUAAUCACAGUGGGAUGUCCGUUCACCAAACCGGAUGUGAUUUUCAAGUUGGAGCGUGAAGAAGAACCAUGGGUGGUGGAAGAAGAAGUGUUCAAGAGACAUUGUCCAGGAGAAAUAUGGGGGAUUGAUGAACAUCAGAAAAUCCAGGAUAGACUUUUGACACAACUUGAAGAUAAAUCUACAGAAACACUGACUGAAGAAAAACUCAUUGAAUAUCAUAAGAAAUUUGCAAGUGCAUUUCCUCCAAACUCAGACUUUUUUGCUUCAAAUCACAAUCUCUAUGAAUAUGACUUACUUGGAAAGUGUUUAGAACAUAGUAAUUUCAGCUAUCAUAAUAAUGAGAGAAUCCUUAUAAGAAAAGAACAUUAUGAAUAUAAUGAACCUAUGAAAUCAUUUGGCAAUAGCUUCUUCCAUUUUGUAGCAACCCCCUUUAAGUGUAAUCACUGUGGAAAAGGUUUUGAUCAAACCUUGGACCUCAUCAGACACCUGCGAAUUCAUACUGGAGAGAAACCCUAUGAAUGUAAAAAAUGUGGAAAAGCCUUCCACCACAAAGAAAAACUCGUCAAACAUCAUAAAAUUCACAGUAGAGAACAGUCUUAUGAAUGUAAUGAAUGCGGGAAAGCUUUCAUUAAAAUGUCAAAUCUCAUUAGACAUCAAAGAAUCCAUACUGGAGAGAAACCCUAUGCAUGUAAGGAAUGUGGUAAAUCCUUCAGCCAGAAAUCAAAUCUCAUUGAUCAUGAAAAAAUUCAUACUGGAGAGAAACCUUAUGAAUGUAAUGAGUGCGGAAAAGCAUUCAGCCAGAAGCAAAGCCUCAUUGCACAUCAGAAAGUUCAUACUGGGGUGAAACCUUAUGCAUGUAAUGAAUGUGGUAAAGCAUUCCCUCGAAUAGCAUCUCUUGCUCUUCAUAUGAGAAGUCAUACAGGAGAGAAACCUUAUAAAUGUGAUAAAUGUGGAAAAGCCUUCUCUCAGUUUUCCAUGCUUAUUAUACAUGUGAGAAUUCAUACAGGUGAGAAACCCUAUGAGUGUAAUGAAUGUGGAAAAUCCUUCUCUCAAAGCUCAGCCCUUACUGUACAUAUGAGAAGUCAUACUGGUGAAAAACCUUAUGAAUGUAAGGAAUGUAGAAAAGCCUUCAGCCACAAGAAGAACUUCAUUACACACCAGAAGAUUCAUACUAGAGAGAAACCUUAUGAAUGUAAUGAAUGUGGAAAAGCUUUCAUUCAAAUGUCAAAUCUCGUUAGACACCAGAGAAUUCACACUGGAGAAAAACCCUAUAUAUGUAAGGAAUGUGGCAAAGCCUUUAGCCAGAAAUCAAAUCUCAUUGCUCAUGAAAAAAUUCAUUCUGGAGAGAAACCCUAUGAAUGUAAUGAAUGUGGUAAAGCCUUCAGCCAAAAGCAGAACUUUAUUACACAUCAGAAAGUUCACACUGGAGAGAAACCUUAUGAUUGUAAUGAAUGUGGUAAAGCCUUCUCUCAAAUAGCUUCCCUUACUCUUCAUCUAAGAAGUCACACAGGGGAAAAGCCUUAUGAAUGUGAUAAAUGUGGGAAAGCCUUCUCUCAGUGCUCAUUGCUUAAUUUACACAUGAGAAGUCACACAGGCGAGAAACCCUAUGUAUGUAAUGAGUGUGGAAAAGCUUUUUCUCAAAGAACUUCCCUUAUUGUGCACAUGAGAGGUCAUACAGGUGAGAAACCGUAUGAAUGUAAUAAAUGCGGAAAAGCCUUCUCCCAGAGCUCCUCCCUUACUAUACAUAUACGAGGUCAUACAGGUGAGAAACCCUUUGACUGUAGUAAAUGUGGAAAAGCCUUUUCUCAAAUCUCAUCUCUUACACUUCACAUGAGAAAACAUACAGGUGAAAAGCCUUAUCAUUGUAAUGAGUGUGGUAAGGCUUUCAGCCAAAAGUCGCACCUUGUUAGACAUCAGAGAAUUCAUACUCAUUAAAAAUAGAAACUAUGAAUCUCAUGAGUAUGGAAAGCCUUCAGAAGGAAUUAGCACCUCUUUACACAUUACAUAAUCGGAUCUAUAGUGGAAAUCUGUGAAUGUGGGAAAGCCUUGUGAACAAGGAACACAUUUGUCAAAGAGGAGACUUCUUACCAAAGUCACAAAUUGUAUAAUGAGAAAGCUGAUCAUCAAAAAUCUUCAGCAGACAUCUUAUCUAAUGAUAAUAUUUGUCCAGCAUUCUCAUUAAAAUCUGAAACAAGACGUUUAUCUCAGCAUGCCAACAUGAUACUUGAGCUCCUUGCCAAUGUCUUAAGCACAAAAAAACUAGAGGAAAAAAAUGUAAAAACAAUCUUUUACAUGAAAAUAGUUAAUUAUGAAAUAUGUUGAUACAAAAUAUUUGAGAAGAAACGCAAUAUGAAUUACUAAAAUUUGAGAAAAAUCGUCUGAAGACUUGACAUUCUAAAAGAAAUAUGAAUUUCACAGAUCUCUAAGUUUAAAAUACUUCCACUCAAGGUUUUUACCGGUUAUAUUUUUAAAAUUAACAGACUGAUUCAAAAUUUUAUAUAGGAGGAGUUCAGCUGUGGUGCAAUGCGAUUGGCAGCCUCUCAAGAAUGCUGGGGCACACGUUUGAUCCCUGGCCAGGCUCAGUGGGUUAAAUGAUCUGGUGUUGCCUGAGCUGCAGUGUAGGUGGCAGCCACGGCUUGCACCUGAUCCCUCACCCAGAAGCUCCAUACAUAGCAGGGCAACCAAAAAAGAAAAAAGAUUUUCAUAUAGACAUGUAAAGGACCACAAAUAGCUGAGAUAAAUGUGAAAAAAACAGUCUACUAUAUAUCGUCACAUAUUUAUUUAAAAUUAUCAUUUAAAGUGUUU